UCUAAAAGAGUCAACUCAAUAUAAACAAUGGAUGAAGAUGCGAUUAAAAAAGCUCAUCGAGCUAGAGGAUUACAAAAGGCUAAAAUAACUAGAAUUCAUAGCUACAUAGAAAGCAACUUUGAUGAUACUAACAACAUUGACUACGAUAUGCUCAAAGUUAAAUUAGAGGAUUUGAAUACAGCAUUUCAAUGUUAUGAUGAAAUUCAGUUGACGUUAGAAAUGAAUGAUGAGAAAGAAGAAGUGGAUAGAUUUGAUAUCGAGGAUAUUUAUGCAACACUUCGUGCAAAAAUGCGUAAACUAUUGGAAUCAAGAUAUGCUAACUUACGGAUGAUUGCCUCCAAUCAUUCAAACCUGAUUUUGAACAUACCUGCUGUUUCAAAGGAGUCGGCUACCGAGCUAGCUUCAUUCAUUGACAGAGUUUCGAGUAAUUUGCAUGCUUUGAAAGCAUUUCAAGAUUUGAACUAUGCUGAGUUCAUUUUAAUUCAUUUUCUCUGCCAUCGUUUAGACACAAAUACAGCUAAAGCUUGGGAGAUGAGUUUGAAGGCUGACCAGUUUCCUUCUAUUAACGAUUUUAUUUCAUUUCUGGAGAAGCGACGUCAGAUUCUGGAGAAUACAUCCCAUUCUCUCAAUGACAUUUGUAAGGAACGAUCUGAUAAAUCACAAACUCAAAAACAUAGUGCAUCUCAAAGGUCACAGUCACAGUCAUAUCAUGUCAAUACACAACAUGCUGAUAAAAUAUGUUUGUUUUGCAAAGAAAAUCAUGCACUUUAUUUAUGUAACAAGUUCAAUCAAGUAAGUAUUUCUGAAAGAGUAGCCUUUGUGAAAUCAAAUAAGCUAUGUUUCAAUUGUAUGCGAACAGCAGAACAUCAUGCAAAGGAGUGCACUAGUUCCAAUAGAUGUAGAAGCUGUAAUGGAAACCAUCACACACUGCUUCAUUUCAAAAGAGAAGAGUACAAAGAGAAGGAAAUGGAGCAAGAGAGUGGAGGCUCAUACUGUAGUGUGAAGACGCAAAGAGCGUCCAAAGUAUUGUUAGCUACAGCAAUAAUUUCAGUUGAGGAUAAGUAUGGAAGACAACACAAAUGUAGAGCUCUUCUAGAUGCUGGAUCACAAGUAAAUUUUGUAUGUGAAGCUCUAGCCCAACAAUUAGGAAUUAAAAGAGAAGCUGCAAAUUUGUGUAUUUCUGGUAUAAACAAGAUUUCAACCUCAGCAAGGCAAAGUGUAUCGAUAAAAAUAUCAUCAAAUCACAGACCAUUUACCAGAGAUAUUUUGUGUUUUGUACUGCCACACAUCACUGGUGAUCUCCCCUCGUCAAACAUUGAUGUUAGUAGCUGGGGACUCCCUAACAACAUCGUCUAUGCUGAUGAGGAAUUUCAAAUUGCAAGUAAGCCACAGAUUCUUUUGGGAGCUGAAAUAUAUUAUGAAGUUUUAUUGCAAGGACGUUUUGAUCGUGGUCCUGACUACCCUAAAGUGAUUGAGAGCAUAUUAGGAUGGUUCAUCUCCGGAAAGCUGCCAGAAGACUCCAAUGAAAAUCAUGCAGACAAUCAUGUCAAAAGUUUCUUAGUGUCAAGUGCAACUGAUGUGCAAAAGCAACUACAGAAAUUUUGGGAGAUGGAGCAAUAUGAUGAGCCACAAUGCAGAUCAAAGGAAGAUGAAUAUUGUGAGGAAUUCUUCUCUAAGACUACCAAAAGAGAUGAUGAUGGGCAUUUUGUUGUAAGACUACCACGGCGUGCCAACCAUAGGGCUUUGGGAGAUUCAUUAAUGAAUGCAGAGAAUAGAUUUCUCAAGAUGGAGAAGAAACUGAGCAAUAAUGAAAUUCUAAGAGAAAAUUAUGUGAAGUUCAUGCAUGAGUAUGAAGACCUUGGACACAUGAGAGUCAUCCAAUGUAAAGAUCUCAUUGGGAAGAAGCAUCAAGAGAAAGCUUAUUACCUACCUCACCAUGUUGUUAUCAAGGAAAGCAGUAGUACAACCAAGUAUCGUGUCGUAUUUGAUGCUUCAGCAAAAGGAGCAAUGGGGUAUCUCUGAAUUCUAUUUUGAUGACUGGUCCAACUAUUCAACAAGAUAUAUCAUCCAUAAUUCUUCGUUUUCGUACUCAUCUAUAUGUAAUGACUAGUGAUAUCACAAAGAUGUA